GCCUCCCAAGGCCAGUCCUCUGCGCACGCAGAAGCAGUCAGAAUCAUAACAGGCAUCGAGGAGAACAAUCGAGAACCACGAAAACAUCAGAAAGCAGCAGAUUGCGUCAUAGUAACGUUGGAGUAAAAAUUCGCGAUGUUGCUCGCACGAGUUUGUAAAGCAACAAUUUCACCCCGGGUGAGCUCUCUCUUGAAGGCACAUGGAAGUAGAGUCCAGGUAGCCAGACUCUUUGGUAAUGAGGGACGCAGCACAUUCUCGAGGACAGCACGUAACAGGACUUCUGUGGUUGAGGAGGCUGUCAAACCAGCUGGUGAAACAGCAUUCAACAUUGGAAAGGGAUUUGUUGCUGGUAGUGCAGUUUUGGGACUUGGAGCAUUGUGUUAUUAUGGAGCAGGACUGUCACCCACCACUGGAGCCAUUGACCAUGCAGCAAUAUGGCCCCAGUACGUCAAAGAUCGUAUCCACACAACCUACAUGUACUUCGGAGGUUCAGUAUUAGCAAGUGGAGCAGCAGCAGCAGCUUGUUUGAGAUCGCCCACGAUCAUGCGAAUGGUCUCCCAGGGUGGGUGGAUAGCCAUGGGGGUCAGUCUUGCUGCAAUGAUCGGAACCAGCAUCCUGACCACCAGUAUUCCCUACCAAGAGGGCUUUGGGGCCAAGCAGAUGGCCUGGCUGAUGCACUGUGGGGUCAUUGGUGCUGUUCUAGCACCACUAUCACUUCUUGGUGGAGCUCUUGUCAUCAGGGCAGCUGUCUACACUGCUGGAGUCGUCGGGGGGCUGUCUGCUGUCGCUGUCUGUGCCCCCAGUGACAAGUUCCUGAACAUGGCUGGCCCUCUGGGGAUUGGACUUGGGGUUGUCUUCGUCAGCUCACUGGGGAGCAUGUUCCUACCACCUACCACCGCCCUUGGAUCUGGAUUGUAUGCUAUCUCUCUGUAUGGAGGACUCGUUUUGUUCUCCAUGUAUCUACUUUACGAUACCCAGAAACUCAUCAAGCAAGCUGAGACACAUCCUGCUUAUGACAGACAGUAUGAUUAUGCUGGGAAUAUCGUGAGGAGCUAUGAUCCAGUUAAUAAUGCUAUGCACAUCUACAUGGACACCGUCAACAUCUUCGUUAGGAUUCUAUCAAUCUUGGCAGGUGGUGGUAACAGGCGAAAGUAAGCCCCCCUUCUUCCACACCCCCAGCAUUCUCAUGUGAUACGUCCCCCUCUGAACUAGCGUAUUAAAAUCUAUGAAACUGUAGAGCAUCUAAGAAACAAUAAAACCAUUUAUCUUAAAUUAUUAAA